GCACCACCACAAGCACAAAAGCUCAACGUGUAGUUGUAGCCUGCCGCGGUUGAGAACUUGACAUUGAGAAGCCGUAGCACAACAAAUCAUCUCCUGCUCUGCCCCUCUCUGCUCCUCCUUCUUCAACCCGCCAUGUCUUCCCCCAUUACCAAAUGCUUCAAAUCUCGUGAACCCACCUAUUGCUCUUCGUCGAUUUUGAUCCCUCCGUGCCUCUUCUUCUUCUCCUUCUGUUUCUUAUCCUCGGCCUCCUCUUCUGCUUUUGUCUUUUCUGGUAAUGGAACUGAAGAUUUAGAAAACAGAAGUGAUUUAUUCCCUCAAAUUCUAAGAGAUGAGGCAGUGGCAAGACUUCAUGAACUUGGAAAGGUGAGUGAUGGAAGUGGCCAUUUGGAGAGGACAUUUUUUAGUCCGGCAUCCAUGAGAGCAAUAAAUCUUAUUCAAACAUGGAUGGAGGAUGCUGGCUUGAGAACGUGGGUAGACGAAAUGGGGAAUGUACAUGGCCGAGUGGAGGGUGCAAAUGCAGACGCCGAGGCUUUAUUGAUUGGUUCUCACUUGGAUACUGUAGUUGAUGCUGGGAUGUUCGAUGGAUCACUUGGAAUAAUAUCUGCAGUAUCUGCAUUAAAGGCUAUGCAUAUGACUGGAAAACUUGGACAGCUAAGGCGCCCUGUCGAGGUGAUUGCUUUUAGUGAUGAAGAAGGAGUGAGGUUUCAAACUACUUUCUUGGGCAGUGGUGCUAUAGCCGGAAUUUUACCAGCAACAGCUUUAAAGACAACUGACAAGAGGGGCAUGGCAUUGGAAGAUGUUCUUAAGGAGAACUCUUUAGAAGUCACAGAGGAGAGUCUUUCAAAGCUCAAGUAUGACCCAACAUCUGUUUGGGGAUAUGUUGAGGUUCACAUUGAGCAAGGUCCUGUGCUAGAACGGUUUGGUUAUCCCCUCGGUGUGGUUAAAGGCAUAGCUGGCCAGACACGAUUGAAGGUUACAGUGAGAGGUUCACAAGGUCAUGCUGGAACAGUCCCAAUGUCUAUGCGCCAAGACCCAAUGACUGCUGCAGCUGAAUUGAUUCUAACUCUAGAAAGCCUCUGUAAAAAUCCUGAGGAGUACCUUUCUGAUGGUGGUCAAUGUGGAGAUGAUACGGUGAAAUCACUUUCAAGUUCUCUUGUCUGUACAGUGGGUGAAAUAUCAACAUGGCCAAGUGCCAGUAAUGUCAUUCCAGGCCAGGUUACAUAUACUGUGGACAUACGGGCAAUGGAUGAUACUGGGCGUGAGGCUGUUAUGUACGAACUAUCUAGACGCAUGUAUCAGAUAUGUGACAAGCGUUCAGUUUCCUGUAACAUCGAGCGUAAGCAUGAUGCAGGUGCUGUGGCUUGUGAUGCUGAACUGAGCUCACAGCUUAAAUCUGCAGCCUACUCAGCAUUUAAGAGGAUGGAGGGGGACAUUCAGGGUGAGGUGCCAGUCCUAAUGAGUGGAGCAGGGCAUGAUGCAAUGGCCAUGUCUCAUUUAGCCAAGGUUGGAAUGCUCUUUGUGAGAUGCCGUGGAGGCAUAAGUCACUCUCCAGAGGAACAUGUGCUGGACAAUGAUGUUUGGGCAGCCAGUUUAGCAAUCUUGUCAUUUCUGGAAACCUUAUAAUAAAUUGUAAAAGAGUAAUAAUGUAGAUGUAACAUGUAAUUAUUGGUUAAUCUAUUGAGUUUGCAUUCAAGAUGCUACUGUUCCUUUUGAAGGUUCUGUCUCCUUGCAGUUGUGUAAAUGAAAUGGGUUAUUCUGUUA